AUGCCCAACUUGGAGUCACUCCCAAUGGAGGAUGUAGGGCCCAGCCAUACGAAGGAAUCGGAGGCCGAGUAUCACGAACUCUCCAACGACUCUAUCGGAGAUGCUGAAGAAGGCGUCGCCGAAGGCGGCAACCCCGAGCUUCUCCCUCGAACUCAACCACGGUGGCUUGAGGGGCGCUUCGAUUGGCUCUGGUGUCUCUUACCGUUCUUCCUGACCGCGGCUCUCGGCAAAUCCCGUCGCAAGCAAGCCAAGGUAACUUCAACUACUUACAUGAACGGCAUCCGAGGCCUGGCUUGUGUCGUCGUCUUCUCAGCCCACGUCACGGGGCACUACUACAAGGCGUUCGGAAACCCGUGGGGCGCCUAUCCUCCCGAGCUCAACCAUGGGAUCUUGCAACUGCCCGUGCUCCGGACCAUGCUGGCCGGCAAGAGCAUGGUGUGCGUGUUCUUCGUGCUCUCGGGCUUCAUCCUCUCCUACUCGCCCCUGCGCACCAUCGUAUCCGCCGCCAAGUCUCCAGACUCGACCAACGACCUCACCGUGAAGCUGUGCUCGGGUCUCCUGCGCCGCGGUAUCCGACUGUUCCUCCCAAUGGUCGUCCUCGCCGCCAUCACUUGUGUCCUCACGUGGUAUUACCCAUCGUUCAACCCGGGAGGAUGGCGCGAGUUCAGUCCUACGUUCACCAUCCACAUGUGGAACUUUUACCAGAUCACGAUAACGGUCAUGAACCCAUACUACUGGGAGGUGUAUAUACCGAUGUCGUUUGACCACUGUUGGACGCUGGGCACCGAGUACCGAGGAUCACUGGUCAUAUUCAUGCUGUGUCUUGCGGUUUCUGAACUAUCGACCAGGAUGCGGAAACUGUUGUUCAUCGCUUCUGCAAUAUGGGCAAUGUAUUGGGGCCGUUGGGAUAUGUCAUGCUUCAUUGAAGGAAUGUUCCUGGCAGAGCUGCGCUACUGCCCGCUGUCCGAGGACUUCGAGUAUCUCAUACCGAGAUCCCGCCGCGCGACCAUGCCGACCGACGGCUUACAAGCCUGCCCUACUUCCGACGAUCUUCAUCCCUCGCGCGGCCGCCGCCAGAUAAAGACUGCUCUAGCCUCGGUCCUGCUCCUAUUCUCGGUACUUGUGCUCGGAUGGCCCGCCAGCGGCCAUCAACAGAUCGAGCCGUUCAACACGAUCAAUAAGCUGACACCGCUGAUGUACCGGGUCACCAAUGACACCACAGUUUGCUUCUGGGGCAGCAUAGGUGGAUUUCUCUUCCUGGUCGCAUGCGAGAAUCUGCCAUGGAUACAGUGGCUGCUGUCAACACCGCCGGUCUUGUACCUCGGUGACAUCAGCUUCUCCUUUUACCUGCUGCAUUGGCUGACGUACUUGUGGCCUGGCGUGGAGAUGAUGAACUUUUUCUAUUAUAAGUUGCAGUGGUCCAAGGACGGCAGCUUCUACCUCAUGUACUUUGUCGUCUUUAUUUUGAUCAUAAUUUCCUCUGAUUACUACUGGAGGCUGGUGGAUGAGCCGUCUGUCAAAUUGGGCAGAUUUUUGUUCGAAAAGAUCAGGGCUCGAAAAGACAAUGGGUAG